UUCCUAUAUUCAGGUUCAAGCUAUCGCCUUAACAUGCGUCGAGAAAAUCAUCGACAAAUUAGAGAAGACGAAUAUACUUGAUGAAGUCCUCCCGAUGCUUGGUAAAGCUAAAUUACAGGAUCCAGCAAUACUCAUGCCGGUUGUAAGAAUUUACAAGCAUAUGUUGGGGGAAAAGAAGUAUGGAUUAACAGUUAACUUACUUGCAACCAAAGUAAUGCCAGCUCUUAUCCCUGUAGUUGUAAGUCCUGGCCUCAAACUGGAUCAGUUUACCAGUCUUGUUGAGCUCCUCAGAGAGAUGUUGGACCACGUAGCAAGGAAUCAAAGAAACAAGCUCAAACUAGAGAAACUUUCUUCAACAGAAAUCAUUCCUACUACGUUCACAACAACUGCAGAACAAUCAGCUAGUUAUCCUCACAGACCUCCAACUCUGAGAUUAGAAUCUAGACGGCAAUCCAUCUCUGUUGACGACGUUGCCCGUCGAUCAUCUGGAACGAACGGCGGCUCAGCUUUUGCAGAGGCUUCAUCUCCGGAUUCAAAUCUGCUGCGUGUUCAAGCCACCUUACCUGGAAGACGUCACUCCGAUAACACCAUUCAACCUCCCCGAAUUCUCAUUGCUCCUUCGAGUCCAGAUGGAUCCUACACCCCUGGAAAUUUACAGAUGAGAAGGCAUUCUAGCGUCUGUCCUCAAGAUGUGAGAUUUCAGUUCUCAUCUAUGCAGAAGAUCAGCCCCUCCCCUCAAGUGACCACACCAAACGUAGGCAUGGACUUCUUGAGCUCCGGGCGAGCUAAUAUGAGGAGGUAUUCUGCUGCUGCCCUUUACGCCAGUAGCGGAGUUCCGGCCACUUGCAAUAGUCGAGGUCCUAGUCCAGCUGGUUCUGCGUCCAGUUUACUACAGCAGAUAGGAUCUGGAGUGCAAUCUCUUUUCGGCAAAUAAUCUCUUGGUUCUGAAGAUGACCGAAGAAAAAGAAGCUAUUGGCUCCAAGCAAUACUGACCUAACGUUUUUGGGCCUAAAUCCCCUCUGACAAUCCAUGAAAACUCAGCGACAAAUACCAACAGUCACCUAGCAUCGCUUCUCUUCAACUAGAUUUCAACCUUCCAUAUCAAAUCGUGAAGUAGUAUGAAAACUCAUGAUUCCCUCAGUUAGAAGGAAAAAGACACUUUAAUAUUGCUAAUUCUUGUUGUCAUUGAUUUGUGUUCCGCGAGAGCAGUAUUUCCCAUUUCUUGUUCUUGCCUUUCUCAUAGCCCGUGACGUCUCACUCUAGCUCCCGAAACACGGAUCUCAAAGAUAGCAACCAAUACGUUAGUAUACUAAUAAAUGCUCAUUCAAUUCAUCUCAGGGUAACGUGAAUAAUAAACAUAAAAAAAAGAAAUCUUGAUGAUUUCCCACGUUAACUGUUGAACAAAAUGUCUGCUUGAAACUAAAUUACAAUGCCAAGCACUUUUUAAAUUGCAACUACUAUUUAAAUAAAAUGUUGCGCUUAGAAUUCCAUGUAAAUGUUCUGAAGAAUUAAUAACAGGAAAAGGGAAUUAAAAUAGAGAAAGAAUCCUUUCUAUUUUAAAAUUAUUAAGAACCAAUAUUACUACUUUAUAAUUAAAUAUCACUUAAUUAUAGCCUUUUAACUGUUAUUUUAGUAUCAAAAAGUUACACGCGUUGGGUGUUUUUGACGUAUAAUAGUUUCUUUGGAUAGGAGUUUUCUUCUAGUUCGAUAUAGUUGUUCAAUGUUCGUCUAGUGAUGGAAAGUCCCGUCAAACUAUUCUCCUUUUAUAGUCUCUUUUGGUAAGCUAGAUUAGUCCUGGAUGUAUAAAAAGAUUUCGAAGUACAAAUUAAAAUAGUGCAAGUGUCUGAUGGAGUGCAUAUCUCUUAUCACUUGAAACAUGAAUACCAAGAAUUGCGUUUUCUGAUAAGAUUCAUUUACUUUUAUUUGAAGAUACUCUUUAAUCCUUGCCUCGGACGAUAAUUACACUAAGACUUAAUAUCCAGUGCGCUAAAAUUGCUGCUUAGUAAUCUUUUUCUAUAUUACAAAACUACGCAAAUGUAUAACAUAAAGUUAAGCCAAACGUCAGUAUUAGACUGGCAAAGAUUUAUAUAAAACUCUGCCGAUUUCGAAAAAAACUGCCGUAGGUCCCUCUUUUCCAAGGGCGCAUUUAUUCCUCCUGAAGGUGAGGGACCUACGUCAGCCACCUUCGAUAUAGACAGAGAAUUAUGUAACAACCUGCGACAAUCUGAGGUUAUUAUUUUGCCUAAUUUUAUAUUCAUUUAUAUUGUAGAAAAAUAAUAAAAGGCUCUAUUGUCAAUUAAUAAGUAAUAAGUGCAUUAUAAUAAUUAGAAAACUUUUACAAAUGUUCAUUUUCUAUUAAUGCAAUUCAACGUAAAUACGAGAUAUAUGGCUUCAAAGCAUUUGAAGAUUUUGAAUAUCAAUAAAAUUUGUUUUGAAAGAUAGAAGCAAACUACGUCUACGAGAAAUGGGGUAACUAUUUCCUCGUGCAAUUUCUCAUACAUUUUCUGUAAAUUCUUUCUGCUAAGUAUUUUCAAAAGACAUUUUAUUCUUUUGUAGUUAAAACUUUUGUGCUCUAGCUUCGCAAUGUUUCUACUCAGUUUCACCACUUACAUCACUUCUGCAACUUGAAAUCUUUACCAUUAAUUUGAAGUGUAGGGCAAACUUGAAGUUUGACACACUUUCCAAAUAUCAUUAAACUAUUUUAAAUCUGCUGAACUAUAGUUCCGUUAUUACUUGCAUUUCUUAGUUUUAGUUACGAGUUUCUUAAUUAAAUUAACAAAAAUUACUCAAAUUAAAAAGAAAUUCAUCAGGCAUGUUUCUCCGGCUUUGUCUAACAAAAGUUCGAAAAGUUCAAUCCUUUUAAAUGCUUAACGAAACUUUAUUUCUUAAACAUAUCAUCAUAUAUACAGUUAUAUUUUUUCAUUUUAUUCUAACCAACUAAUUGAACUAAAAUUUCAUACCUCGUACUAGCUUAAUAGAAAUUACAUUUCAGGAAAUUAAGCUAAAUUACUAAGAAACAUUAAUAAUCCUUUAGUUUAGGCAGCUAAUUCUAAAAUUAAUCUUGAACAAAAGUUCUUCUCGCAAGUUCAAAGAAAGUAAUCAAAUUAAAAUUAAAUACUGCACUUAAAGCGUUAAUUUUUCUUUUCGUUACACGGUGCUAAUGUAUUUUAACUUCAGUUCAACUAAAUAAUUUCACACAUAUUGUUAAUUCAAGAGAUCUAAUGGAAACAUGUGAGUAAUUUUUUUCAAAAACGUAGCAGUAGCAAUUUAAGCGUGAAAUAUGAAGUUACCUAGAAUGCACAUUUAAAAGCUGCUGUACUAAAACCUUUUACAGGCAAGGCAACUUUGUUUUUACUUUCUAAUAUUACUAUUUGGAAUCUAAAUUUAAUCUAUGCAGUUUCUCUUAACAUCAAGUAAAAUUUACUUGUUUUUAUAGACACAAUAAAAGUUAUAUACAAUUAAAACACCAGAACAUUUUGUAGGGAAAAGCUAAGAAAUAAGCACUGAAUUUUGCUUAGAUUAUAUACCGUAAUAUAUUCUGGCUAUUAUCUCAAGCCUAUAAUGCUUUAAUGUAAUAUUUUUAGAAACUCUUAAAUGAUGCCUAAGCUCAUAACAUCUAGGCUUAAUGCUAAAAUUAAUGUUACCUUUUCUGCUUUAAUUUUUUUUAAAUCUUUCAAUAAUAAACGCUAAGAGUUUGAAUUGAAAUUUCCUAAUCUGAUCUGAGGCGAUCCUGUAUUAUACAUAAAUAAUAAUAUUUAGAUACAUUACUUUAAUGUGGUUACCAUAUUUUAAAAAUACAUGCUGUUAAAUGAAUAAAUUUUAGACAAGCACUUUAAUUAUUUUAAGCUGAAUUACGUAUGAAAUUAUGAAAAUACGAAAUACAUUCUGAAAUUUCUUUAUGCUUUGUUAUUCAACUAUGAAGUUACAAAAGGAAAAUGUUUUCAAAGUUUUUCAAUAAAGCAUUUAAAUAAUUUUAACUGUCUUAUAUAUGUAGUGCAUGUUUUACUGUUACGUAUUCGCUAAUAAUGAGUUUACACUAUUCAGUCUACGUCAUAGUGUAUAAUAAAACGCGUAAUAUUUAGCCUGAGCGGUCAGUCUGUCAUAGUACUUCUUUUGACUUCAUAGUUGUAAGCCAGAGCAAAUAGCAAGAUCAAAAUUUAAAACGGAAACUCAUCGACACAACCCUUAGUGAAUGAAAUAAUUCUUUCUCUACAUUUCAUCUGUGUCAUACGUUUUGUAAAGAGUGAGACGUUGCGAGGUAGACAAAUGUUCAGUAUGAGCGUCUUUUAUUUAGACAGAAUUUUUUCAAAGAGUAACGACAAAAUUUUUUCAGGGGACCAUAAACAGCUGAAUAUUAAUAAUAGUGACAUGUAGGAACCUAUGGACAAGGUGCACAGAAUAGGGUUUUCGACAAAAAAAAAAUAAAAUUAGCACUCUUCCAUAAAGCUAAUAUUUAGCAGGGCAGGAUAUGUAGAAAUGAAAAGCGAAAUCCUACACAAAGUUGUAAAGUUAGAUCAAAGUUUUUUACAGAAUUUUACGGACUCGUUGAAAUCGUAUAAGACAGAAAAAGGAUGCCGAAGUAACCUGAAAUUUUGCAUUUUGAGCUUUCUCUCAAAAACCGAAAUGGACCUCCAUUGCUAUAACUUCCGAAAGGAAGAGAGGGUGAACAGCAAUACACUUAACAAACCCUUCCGUUUCUGGAUACUAGUGAUAUCUGCAGGCGGUUAACGAUGCACAGACAUUGGAAAUAUGUAACUUACAAAAACAAUUGGAGCCAUUAUUGUGCAGUGUCUUAAAUUUGCUUGUGAAAUAUUCGCUUUUCAGAAUUUACUAAAUGCUGGCACUUUUGCUUCAAUUUGUACUAAACGUCGAAACAUAUCACGCCUUCCAUUACUCUUCCACCUCAUACAAAAUGUAAUAAGUGUCUUGAACAUGCAAGCUGCUGCAAUUUUCAUGCAUUAUUUACAUUCUAAUUAAAUUUAAAAUCCGGUACUCAAAAUGCAGCCUUUCCAGCUGAAAUUGUUUCUUUAUCGAAUUUGUCAAAAUUAUUCAGAAAACAUGAUGUUAAUGAUUUGUAAUCAACGUUGCAGAAUCUUUUUUGGUCUGCUUUAAUUACUUGCCUGAUCUUUUGAAAUACCGUUAAAACAUAUGGAGUUUUAAUUUUUUAUAUUUAGAAAUAGAUUUAAAAUCAUCUUCUCUAAAUAAUUAUUUUUACAGUAAUAAAUAAAUAAUGAAAUCUUUUUUCAUCACUUUUAAGGACAGACUGAUGGAACUUAUUUUCAAACCCCUGAAGUCUAUUUUCUGCAACAUAUUAACAAUUGCAUUUCCUUUAAUAGAUUUCAUUACCUUAACUUUUGAAGCUGGUAUAUAUAUUGAAUAAUUCAAUAAAUACAUAGAAGAGGCAACUCGAAGAAUUAUGCGUGCUAUUAAAAUUAACAACUCCGGCAUUCUAUGUUUUUCCUAGUUCUAAACUUUGGCUAUUUGAAAGCUUUCAGAAAUUCUUCAAACUGUUCUGAUAAUUAUGCGAUUUCAACACGACGUAGCAUUUAACGCGUAGCGUUAACUUUUGAUUGUAAAGAACGCUACACAAGUUUGGACAAUCACUUGCCGAAUCGUGUCUCUAUUUUGUACAUAGGUACUUGAAUAUUCCAUUUUUAGUUUACAAUAAUCAAAAACUUCAAAACCUUUAAUUCUUAAGUACGUAAAAUUUACAAUUACAGCCAAAAUUUAAUUUUUGGAUAACUUCGAGUGUGUCAUCUUUUCUGCAUUCUAUACAUCGAAUGACGGAUACUUAAGUAAUAAAAACAUGCCCAAAUAUACACUUCACUUUAAAAAAAAACUUUCGUUCACUCUUUCAGUCAAAUGUACUUUGAAACCAUAUGGACAAACCCAGCCAUUCUUUGUGCACGCAUUUGGUAAUCUGUAUGUUUAACCUAGCAAAGUUUUUUCCUGCUAUUUCCCUGUACAGACUGUUCAGAAUUAAAUAUUGAUACGCAUCCUCGCGAGACAUUUUAUGUGUAUUUGUGUUUGUAUUUCAUGUAUCUGUGUUGUAAUUGAUUAUGACAGGCGCUUCAAGUUCUUGUCUCAGUUUCAUGUUUAUUUGUUUCAAAUACUCGAUUAUUUCAAUGGUAAUUUUCAAGUACUGAUGAAAAAUAAAUAAAUUUUAUCUGUGUAA